AAUUCUAAAGUCUGCAAUCUUAACCGAUUACUCUUCAACCCUGCAACCUCCAAAACUAAAAAAACAAACUCCAAACAACCUCACAUUACUUAUCACCUCACAUGGAUCAAACCUAGGGUUCGAGCAUAUCACACAUUCAAUUACGCAUAAACCACAAUUAACUAACCAAACCUAACAUAAAAAACAUACAAAUUCAACAAAACACAAACACAUUACCCAAUAUCGAAGCGAUAGAUACUCAAAAACCGAUUCAUCAGGCGAACACCCCAAGCUCCGCUGCUUAGCAGCCUUAAUCUGCGCCGUUUCAGCGUCCGCCUCAUCGGCCGUAACCGAUCCCGAAAGAAAACCGAAUCAUCAGGCGAAACACUAAUCGCAAGCACAAGCUGCAUCUGAAACUCCUCCUCUAAGAAAAUCGAAUCAACGGUGUACGCGUUCGAGUGAUCGUUGACGUUCUCAACGGCGACGUUUGGAUCGAUAACCGGAGAUAUAGGUUGAGGAGAAUAAGAUGAGGUUGUUGGAGGUCGUGAUGACGUGUCGGCGGAGGGUAUACGGUUGUUGUUGGAGGUCUAGAUGGAGACGAAGUUUCCAGCAGGAGAAGAGUACCGGAAAAGAAUUAAGGUGGGCUUAGUGGAUCAUGAUCUUCAAUUGGCCAUGAAUUGAUGAGAAGCCAAAUGAUUAUGAGGAAAUUAGGGUUUUUCUGUGUUCAUUAAGGAGGAGAUGAAGGUUAAAACACAUCAUCGCCACGUAAUCAGCUCCAACUCAUCAUACUUGUGCCACAUCGGAUAAAAAACAAACUCAGUUAGUGAAGAUUUAACUGAGUGGUGCCAGCACAAACAAAAAGUCAAGUUGAGGGUGCCGAAUGUCAAAGUGUUAGUUGCGGGUGGCAACGGCCAAAGGCUAAUAGUUGAAGGUGAUAAAAUACAAUAACCCAAUAAUUAAUCUUAACGGUUUCCCUUUAUCUUCACAAGACCACACACACUACAAACUAACAUCCUAACAAACCAGUCAUGCACCUUCUACUCCGUCCUACUCCAACACUCUCUUCUUACUCCGACCACCGUCCUCCGCCCCACCGCCACCUCCAGUUCCGCACAUCCCACCACCGCAACCUCCGUUACCUCAAAUCGCUCGGUAUCCUCCAACCGCCUGAUACGUACCUGCAGGCCACAACCAUACCACAACUCCCAUCCAUGCAACCCACCUUUUACUUCGAAGAAGGCAUCACGACCUUAGUUGACAUGGUCGGCCGACUAGUGACCCAACAAGAAGCUGUUGCCGCCCAACAAGCCUCGCAUACCAUGUCAAUGCUUGACACCAUGUGGAGUUUUCUCGCGGUACAACAGCAACAACUCUUGUUUCUUUGUGCCCGACUCGGCCUAGAACCUCCACCUCCAUUGCCCGCUCGACCACCAUCUCCACCGCCACUCGCCGCUCGUCCGCCACUACCACCUCCUCGACCGCCACUCAAGCCAUUUGCUCCGAAGCCUUUCUUACAUCAAAUAUCCACAACCGCAUCCAAAAAACGCAGCCGUCAACACCAACAAGCAACCCCGCAAACCGCACCCAAAAGAUCCUAUUCUACCACCUCGCCCGCACCACAAAUAUCGCCCAAACCAAGCGCGAAAUCUGCACCAAAACAAACCUUAGACGGAACCCAUCGACACCCUUAUUCACUCCCCAACACCACAUGUGCACCUACCAAACAUGCCACCAACAAUAAUAGCCACAACCCCCAAGUCUUGCUAUUGCACAAUGAGGAACUGAAGGCAACUGGAAGAUGUGAUUGGCGGCCUCCAUGGCGCUACGUUAUAACCGCACCAAAUGCCCUUGGCAGAGUCGAAUGGCGACCCCCAUGGGGUGUUCCUACCGUCCUUGAGGACAAGGACGUUUUCGAGCGGGUUAUUUAUCUUGGGAGAUUGACCAUCUCGAAUCGGUCCCUAUCACCGCCACUCACCACAACCCCCUCUCCAGCCACAGUCUCUCAUAUCCUCUCAACCAUAAAUUUCUUCAAGUCCAAAGGCUUCUCCGAACCAGAUUUCCCGCGAAUCGCUUACCUCUCCCCACAUAUCUUCACCGAAACAUUCGACCCGAAAACCAUCGAGCCAGUUUUCGAAUUCUUAACACUUGACUUAGCUGCCGCACCUGAGGAUGCCCGUGGGUUGAUCAUCAAAUGCCCUCAUAUUAUAGAGUCAGACCCCGAAUUCUGUUUAAAACCAACGCUUGAUUAUUUAAAAGGCUUGGGGAUUAAGCGGUUGAACGUUCCGACAACUUUGAAUGCUCAUUUGUUGGAUACAAGGGUCCAUAAGUUUGAGGAGAAAAUGAGGUUUUUACAAGACGUUGGGUUUUCGGUUGUGGAGUCGAGAAGGGUAUGUGGGCGGUUUCCUGCGAUAUUCGGGUAUGGGAUUGAGAAUAAUUUGAGGCCAAAGUAUUUUUAUUUGGUUAGGGAUAUGAAGAGGGAUGGUAGGGAAGAAGUGAACAAGUUUCCGCAGUAUUUUGGGUUUAGUUUGGAGAAGAGGAUAAAGGUUAGACAUUUGCAUUUGAAAAUGAGGAAUGUUGAUAGAGAGGUGCCAUUGAAUAGAAUGUUGUUGUGGAGUGACCAAAGAUUUUAUAAGAAAUGGAAAUGAAAAAAGAGAAGAAAAGUAUAUGCUUAGCACAUGUUGUCAUGGUUUUUUUGACAAGUUUGAUUUUGAUUA